AUGGCCGAGUCGCUCGUUUUGACUACUCAUGUUCGGAGGCCAAUCCACGAACUUCAAGGCCCUGAAAACAAAAUUCAAGCUGCCCUCUCGUUCUCUCAAAAGCCUCUAGACGCAGUGCAGGCCAUUUCCUCUUUUCCGAACACCCAAACAUAUUUAAAGCAACUGCCUGCGCUUCCGGUCAGGGCCAAAGUCGAGACUAUAGCCGAGGACGAAGCCGCCGAUGCUCGAUAUUCUGUCGAGUCGUACUCUCCCUUGCAUCACAUUCAUUCACUGAAACGCAGCCCGACUCUUCCUAUCCGUCCAAUUCGAUUUCGCAGCGCAGUGGAAGACUCAGGGGACGCUCAAGAUGAUCAGGACGGGGACGAUGACGCGCAGAAUGACGAGGGCGAGAGCACUAAUGUCGAGGACGAUAAGGAUGAGGAAGAAGAGGAGGACCCGGACCGCGUCUUCUUCGACGCCCAGGUUAGGAACCCGCAAAAUUGGAAGGAAGGCUUCGAGUACCACCUAGGCCCGAUCGACGAGAGUGAUGUGGCAAUGCUCUAUUUCCAUUCCUCGAAAGACUGCGACUGCCAGCUCCCGGACGCUCUAGGCAAUCCAAGAUCUAAGUGGAAGACUCAGCUGGACAACGAGUACGUCUUCCAGGAUCGGAGUGACGAUGAGUACGAAGAAGAAGAAGGUUCGCAGAGGGACUGGACGAACGAAGAGAUGGUGGGAUGGCAGACAACGACCACAUGCACGGUCGAAGACCUUGCCAUCGCCUAA